AACUUCCGGUUGAAGAAUGAUACGUAUCAUCAUCACUCGAAUUCUUUUUUGAAUUUUCGCACUAUUUAAAGGAUUUGUAAUGAAUUUAUAUGAACAAAUACCGGAUUUAAGUGCCAAAGAUAUUAAUGUAUUGCAGGAUAAAUAUUAGAAAUUACCAGGAGGGCAAAAUAUGAUAACCAGAAGUUGGCUUAGAUCGCCGGUGAUAAUCACACUGUUUAUUGUUGUAACAGUUUUGUUGAACUCAUUUUUGAUUGUAUGUGAUAAUUCAGACCAGGAAGGAAUCAAAGAAGAAUGUGAUGAGAAAGAUCCAACAUGUAGUACAGAUAAACUGAGUUUGGAAGCCAUUAAUGAAUUGCACCAUAUGAUAGACGAUGACCAAGAUGGCAAUGUGAACCAACAGGAAAGCAAAGGGUUUCUGAAAGAAGAAUUACAGUACACAGGAGGAUCUGAACGGGUGGCUAUAUUCCAUAAUAAUGAUUCCUUGAUCUCUGUGGAUGAUUUAUGGAAAGCAUGGAUGAAAUCAGAUGUAUACAACUGGACAGUAGAUGAUGUGGUCCAUUGGUUAGAUUCACAUGUACAUUUACCACAGUACAGUGCUACCUUUAGGGCACAUAAUGUGAAUGGACGUUCUAUGCCUAGACUUGCUAUCACUAAAGGGACCAACACAUUGAAGACAGAGUUAGGAAUCAAAAAUGGAAUUCACAGACAAAAAAUAUCAGUUCAGGCCAUGGAUUUGGUCCUCUUUGGACCUCCAAAAGAUGGUCACAAUGUGUUGAAAGACAUUGCUCUGAUUUUGUCCACAUUUGUUGUGGUGGGUGUGUCCUGGUUUGCAUAUUCACAGAACAAGAGGUCAAAAUGUCAACUGGAGAGGAUGCUGAGAGAAAUGGAGAUGUUACAGAAAGCUGAUGACGAACUGAAAGAUGUUCAGAAUAAAUUAAGUGAAGCAGAAGAAUUACAGCAGACGGUCACACAGGAGAAGACAAAGUUAGAAAUGAAAUACCAGGAUGAAAUAGAAAUGGCUAAGAAAGAAGCAGAAAGACUCAAAAUAGCAAGAGAGGGCAGUAUUGAGGAAAUAUCUCGACUUAAACUGGCUGAAGAGGAACUUGUACAGGUUAGGGGAGCAUUAAAGAGGGCCGAGAAAGAGUUGGAGCGAUCUCAGUGGGCAACACCAGCAGCCCUGAGAAACUGGUUACAACUCACCUAUGAAAUAGAACUAGAUUAUUUCAACAGGAAGAAAUUAGCAGCUGAUGUACAGUUCAAGAGAGCAAGGGAAGAGUGUGAAAGAAUGAGUAAGAAGCGAGUAGGAAUUUGGGGGUCUUUACGGGUAGCUACCAGUAGCAGCAUGGAUGAAAUGGAUCACCAAAUAGAAGAAGCCAGAUCAGCAUUAGAAGAAGUUAAACUUUGUUUAGAUGAGAGAUUACAAAGAUGGCACAAUAUAGAACAGAUCUGUGGCUUUCCUGUGUGUACGAAUCCUGGCAAAGAGAAACUUGUACAGUUGUUACAGAUAGGAGUUCCACAGAAUAUAUCAGUUGAUUUAGGAUUUAGGAAUGUAGACGAAGGAGAAUUAGAUGAAGACAUUCCCCCAGGUUAUCCUGGAACAGUUUUUAUGCAGCACACGGUAACUAAUGGCAUGGUUCGCCCACCACCGUACCCAGCUGUAAAUUGCCAACCAGCCAGAACAAAUACAUGUAAUAAGAAAAAGUUGUUCAGAAGAUGGUCAGAAACUAAUAUGGUGGCACAGCCAAGGUACCCUGUUCCUGGAACCAGUACACCAAUGAGACCACACAAUUUACCAAACAAUCUGAAAAAUUCUAUGGGACAUUUGGGUAGUUGUAACUCAUUACCAAGGUCAAGGACACCAAAGAAGAGACAUUCUGAUGAAUCCCAUCAAAGUGAUGACCAGUCUAGUAAUAGUAUGGAGACACCACCAGAUACCAGUAUACAAGAUAAACCAGUCUUUCAUUUAGACAACAAUUCAUCUUCCCCAGAAAGUCUGAUUGAAACCAGGAUACAGCAGCAGCAUGCACCACCUUGUUACCAGCCCAUGAAGGUCUCCCAAUCAAUGAAUGUAAUUGGGAACAGCAGGCAUUACAGUGAUACUAUAGGAGGACUGGGUUAUAUACAGAACCAAGAUGUUUUAAAACAGACCGUGCCUUUUGGAAAACGUAGCCAAUCAGAUGCAAAUUUAGAAAAACUGAAUAGUUCCGGUCAUUUGCAUACAAAUCAUAGCGUUGAGGAAAAGACUAAACCUAAGGACAAAAAGAAGCACGUGUUUAAAUUCUUUCAUAAGAAACAUAAAUCUUGAAUCGAUGAUUUUUAAAAUAAAUUUCUACAAAGAGGUUGUAAUGUGAGGUUCUGUAAUGUAUUCUGUUGUAAACCUGCCUCAGGCUUGCCUCAGUAUGUGCUACUUCAAAAACUGAAGGAUCAUGGGUAAUUAUAUUGUUUGUAUCAGAUAAUGAAAAUGAUGUUACAGCUUCUGGUAAAUAUCUGCUAUUUGUAAUGUAUUGAACCAAUUGCUUGCAAGUGUGUUAUGUUUACCACAAUGCUUUCUUUUUAUUUUAUAUACAAAUAAGUAAUUGUUUACCCACAAUGCAUCCUUAAAGCAGUAUGGAGGCAGCAUGAGGUUGAAAUUUAGCAUUUAGAUAAUGAUAUUGAUUGGUUUCUUUUAAGGUAAAAAAAAUCUUACUAGCAGAUUUUGGAUAUUUUUCAAAGUGAAUAAAUGAAGAUGCAUUUUGAAGGAUGAAUGUAUAUUUGCAAAUUUUGGUCAAGCUACUGAGAAGUUUAAUUAUUACUCUUAUUCAUUGGCUCAUCAAAGGUGAUCUCUAUGAAGAAAAAAUCAAUAAUUUUCUAUUAAAUGGUUUUUAGCUUUUUAUGCAGUAUUGUACAGUUUUUUAAAAGGAAGAAAAAAAUCCUCUGCUUUUCAUGAAAAUGGAACAAAGUAUAUCUUUUUAAUGAUGAUAAUCCCUAAAUAUAGAAUUAUAGAAAAACUAUAACUGAUUAAUGAUUUUUUCAGUGGCAGGAUUGAAGAAUUGGGCAUUAAAGUACACAUUAGUAAAAAGCUUAAACUCUUGAACUAUUUUGCUUAAUCAAUUUAGCUUUAUUCAAAUAUGCUGAAAAUUUUCUCAAAUGCUUAUCAAUUUAUAAGAUCAUAAGUCAUGGAAAUAGAAUUUGGAAAACUAAAAUAGUUUCAAUUAGAAUAUACAAAAGUAUUUACCUUUGCCUUCAUAAUAUAUAUUUCAUGAAAACUAUGCUAUAUCUGUAAAAUGCAAUAUCAUGUUACAUUUAGAGCUUUUGAAAUUGAGUUAUUCCCCUUGUGUUAUAUUGGAGAUUCUGGUUUGGAUUUUAUUGCUAGUCUAAGAGAGCUUAAUGUAAAUAGAUUUUGUAAAUUACUAGUUUGGAAUAUAUUAUAUAUAAUAUCUAUAUAUCUAAUUUAUUAGAUUUCAGUCAGUAGAAAUAAAAUUAUAUAUAUCAGUUUAUAGGAAGAUUUUUUUUUAAAUAGGGCUCAUAUUUGGUGCAACCAAAUGUAUUUCUGUGCAGUUCAAUGUUGCUUAAUAAUUUAACAUUAAGGACAUAAAAAGUUAAUGGCUUUAUUGCCAAAAAAAUAAUAAUUUGCUUACUAGGCGAAAUAAUGUGCUGGUAAAGAAAAUUUUUCCUUGAAAAAAAAAUUUGAAAAAUGUUGGUCUUGGUCAAUGUUCUUUGUUCUUGUGUUAUUUGUACCGUUGAUUUUUUAUUACCAAAAAACCUUUGUUCCAAACAUGAAUUCCUGAAACUCUACCUCUUUUGUUGGUGAGAUGAAGAAUUUGUGUUAUUUUGUGAUCUCUACUCUGAAUAACGAAUUUUAAUGUUUUAAAUCUUUUUUCCUUCAAUUUGAAAUUCUGUUUUGAUAUAUCUUGAUAGAAUUUACUGGUUAUAUUGGAAAAAAACGAUUUGAAACAUUUUGAUAUGUUUUGUCUGAUUUUCAUCACAAUUAUAGCUUUUUCAUUUUGUAUUUAAAUUUUUCAACUUGAAGGAAUAAAUAAGUUUUCAAAUCCAUUAUAUAAAACACAAGUUGAAAUAAUAAAUUAAAAACCAAAAUUCACAAAAUAUAAAUGAACCACGGAGACAUUUUGUUGUAACCAAAAUUGGUCCCAACAAUCUAGACCACGGAUUUGUUGUCUUUUGCUUUUUGCAGGGGUUCAGAUAUGUUGUAAGUUAUCAAGAAUUUUCAUUAUGUUAAAAGUUUUUAGUGUUGAAAAAUAAAUUGCUCAGUUGAAACAUAGGUAAAAUUAAGUUACCUAAGGCCAAUUUCAAAUUUGAAUUGACCUUUUGCAAAAAAUGGGUUAACACAUGCAAGGUUUUAAGUUAUAAAAUAUUUACAUUUGCUUCAGGAUGGUUUGAUAUAAUAUGCUCAUUAUGUAUUGUUUGUCUGUUUGCAAGGAAAUCUCAUCACAUUAAAAAUAUGUAGAAAUGUGAAAAAAAUUUGUAGAAUUAAUAGAUUUAUUUAUAUAAAAUUAAUGAAUAAAUGUUUUUUGAAUAUUUUUGCAACAACAGCAUAGUUAUCAACAGAAGUAAUGUAUAUUAUUUAUUUUGUGACUCAAAAUAAUUUUAAGAGGAAACUUGAGAUAACUUUCAUUUCAUAGAUUUUGUUAAGAUAGAAAAAGCAUUAAUACCCUAGUCUUUGAUGAAAUAUGUUUUUUUUUAAUGCAUGUGUAAUACAAUCAUUGUUAAAGGCAAUAUUCUUCUUAAAUAUAUUUGCAGAUGAAAAUUCUGAACAAAUUUAUAAAUUCUAAAAUUUCAGUGUUUGGACAUGCACAUUUAAUUUCACCAGCUAAUACUCUUUCCAAGUAGCUUUGUCACAAAAAAAUAUAUGUAAGACAGAAGCUCUGAAUUUUUUUUUAAGUGAGAUUUUUAACAUUAGAAAAUUUCAUGUUUAUGAGUAUAGCCUUAAAGUAAUUUCAACUGGCAAUACUGCCAAUAGUUUAGUUCAGGAUCAUUAUUGGUUUGUAGAUCAAUAUUAUUAUUUACAGGUAUGAUGAAAUCUUUUUUUUAGGAUUACAUAAGAAACUGAUUAAAUGUAGUUACAUUCAUGAAAUUUUGUUUACACUUUUACAGUUAGGUUUAUAUUUUCAUGCAUAUAUACACUUUGAAUUUGGAUUGUUGGAGCUUGAACAUUUAUUAGCAAGCUUUGCUUGUUUUGCUCAAUUCCACCAUUGAUACUAAAUCACAUGCAUGAACAUGAUAAUUUUGUAAUAUUUACUAAGUAAAUGCUUGCAUAUAAGGAGACAAAUGUCAACUGAAAAUUUAGAAUAAAUUGAUUUAUCUUUG